AUGUCUCUUACCGAGCUUUCUGUAUUCUGCCAACAGGAGUGGACUCGCCAACACCAUCCCGCUGACAGAAGAAGACUAGAUGAGAAAACAAAUCAGCUCGAGACAAUUGCCGUGCCUCCAGCAUCAGAAGCCGCGACUACUGCAGAAUCACUAUCUCAGCCCUCCGAUAUGCAGUUAGAGAUAGAUGCUAGACCACCAGCAGACUCAGUAGAAACUAUUACAGAAUGGCCUGAUGAGCCCUCUAGUGAGAAGUUGGUUAGAGAUGAUGAGCCACCAGCAGACUCAGUAGAAACUGUUACAGAAUGGCCUGAUGAGCCCUCUAGUGAGAAGUUGGUUAGAGAUGAUGAGCCACCAGCAGACUCAGUAGAAACUGUUACAGAAUGGCCUGAUGAGCCCUCUAGUGAGAAGUUGGUUAGAGAUGAUGAGCCACCAGCAGACUCAGUAGAAACUGUUACAGAAUGGCCUGAUGAGCCCUCUAGUGAGAAGUUGGUUAGAGAUGAUGAGCCACCAGCAGACUCAGUAGAAACUGUUACAGAAUGGCCUGAUGAGCCCUCAAGUGAGAAGUUGGUUAGAGAUGAUGAGCCACAAGCAGGCUCAGUAGAAACUGUUACAGAAUGGCCUGAUGAGCCCUCUAGUGAGAAGUUGGUUAGAGAUGAUGAGCCACCAGCAGGCUCAGUAGAAACUGUUACAGAAUGGCCUGAUGAGCCCUCUAGUGAGAAGUUGGUUAGAGAUGAUGAGCCACCAGCAGACUCAGUAGAAACUGUUACAGAAUGGCCUGAUGAGCCCUCUAGUGAGAAGUUGGUUAGAGAUGAUGAGCCACCAGCAGACUCAGUAGAAACUGUUACAGAAUGGCCUGAUGAGCCCUCUAGUGAGAAGUUGGUUAGAGAUGAUGAGCCACCAGCAGACUCAGUAGAAACUGUUACAGAAUGGCCUGAUGAGCCCUCUAGUGAGAAGUUGGUUAGAGAUGAUGAGCCACCAGCAGACUCAGUAGAAACUGUUACAGAAUGGCCUGAUGAGCCCUCUAGUGAGAAGUUGGUUAGAGAUGAUGAGCCACCAGCAGACUCAGUAGAAACUGUUACAGAAUGGCCUGAUGAGCCCUCUAGUGAGAAGUUGGUUAGAGAUGAUGAGCCACCAGCAGACUCAGUAGAAACUGUUACAGAAUGGCCUGAUGAGCCCUCAAGUGAGAAGUUGGUUAGACAUGAUGAGCCACCAGCAGACUCAGUAGAAACUGUUACAGAAUGGCCUGAUGAGCCCUCUAGUGAGAAGUUGGUUAGAGAUGAUGAGCCACCAGCAGACUCAGCAGAAACUAUUACAUAA